AUGAGUGAUAAUUAUCUUUUCGUUGGAUUGGGCGCAAUUGGGUAUCCUAUGGCCAGUAACAUUCGUAAAAGAAUACCGAGCACUUCAACGCUCUACAUCUAUGAUGUGUAUGUCCCGACACUGGAGCGGUUCGUGGCUGAAUAUGGUGCCCUUGGUCCCAUUAAGGCCGUCAAAUCUGUCAAGGAGGGAGCAGCCGACGCAAAGGUGGUCAUCUCGAUCGUCCCGACGGCUGAUAAUGUUCGACAAGUGUACCUGGAUGAAACCUCCGGCUUGAUUGGAGCUGGAAAGGAACCGGAGAGAUUGAUUCUGGAGUGCAGUACCAUUGAGUCUGCGAAAUCGAAGGAGAUCGGCGAGAAGUUGAAAGAAGGUGGAUAUGGAACUUAUGUCGAUACUCCCGUCUCGGGUGGCGUCAUAGUUGCCGGAGCAGGGACACUUUCAUUCAUGAUCGGUGCCGCAAAAGGUUCGUCUGGGCACGAGAGAAUUCACGAGGUCCUCUCCAUGAUGGGUUCACCAGCGAAGUUCUUCUGGUGUGGAAAACUGGGCGUCGCCCUUGCAGCAAAGAUUGCCAACAAUUAUUUGUCCUGUUCGUUCCUCCUGCUCAUCGUUGAAGCCUUCGCUAUGGGCGUCCGCUGUGGCGUUGACCCACAUAUUCUUCAUGAAGUCAUUCAGAACUCCAGUGGACAGAGUUUCAUGGGUGACCACGUCUGUCCAGUGCCUGGAGUGGUCUCCCAUGCACCAAGCAGCAAUAACUGGAAGCUGGGGUUCAAGACGCAGAUGAUGAUCAAGGACGUCGGGUUGGGAGCCGAAGCUGCGAGGCAGGUGGGGAUUGAACCAAGGAUGGCAGAUACGGCGAUCGCGAUCUGGAAGGAGGCAGCGCAGGAUCCAAGGUGCGUGGAUAAGGAUGGAUCGAGCAUUUGGCUGCGUAUAAACGAUAUCAAGGACGAGUAG